AUGCCGCGCGGCGGCGCCCUCGGCGGCGUGCCGCAGCUGCUGAUGCUGAAGCCUGCAGGCAUCGCCAGCGGCGGCGCCGGCACGGCGGCGUUCACGCAGCAGCUGCUGGCCUCGAUGGCAAAGCAGCAGCGGGCUGGGGGGCAACCGCGGCCCAUCCUGCCGCAGGCUUCCGGGACGGCGGCAGGCCUUGCUCCUGCAGCGCUUGGGGCCACGGUUGCUUCCACAGCUGCGGAUCCCGUAGCUCAGCAGCAGCAGCAGCAGCAGCAGCAGCAGCAGCAGCAGCAGCCGGCCCCCGUGCGCCGCGCCGGCAGCUCCCUGCGAGGCCCGUGCAGCCACUGCGGCACGCAGAGCAGCAGCCAGUGGCGCAGCGGGCCUCCGGAGAAGCCUUGCCUGUGCAACGCGUGCGGCCUGUUCUGGAGCAAGCGGCGGUCCCUGCCCGAGGAGACGUGCAAGGUGGCGGACGAGCUCAAGGGCCCCUGCACCCACUGCGGCGCGGAAAGCUCCAACCAGUGGCGUGCCGGCCCCGAGGGCGUCGCGCUGUGCGACCCCUGCGGCCUCCACUACCGCAAGACCAAGACGCUGCCCAAGCGCAAGCGCCGCUCCCUUACAGUGGCCUUCCAGGGCUGCCACCACUGCGGCACGCGCUUCUCGCCCCAGUGGCGCGGCGGGCCGCCCGAGGCGUCGGUGCUGUGCAACGCGUGCGGCCUCUUCUGGCGGAAGUUUAAAAACCUCCCACAGAAGGAGCGCCAGCGCAGCGGCGGCGGCGGCGGCGGAGAGCAUUUGGCGGCAGAGAGUGAGGACGAGGGCCAGGGUGUGGAGGCGGCGGAGGAGGGGGCGGAGGACGGGGCCGGCGCGGGCGAGGGCGGGGGGCUGGAGGAGGCCGAUGAGGCGGCGGCGAUGGAGGCGGCGGCGAUCCUGGGGUGCGGCACUUUGGUGGGCCUGCAGGGGGUGGUGCCUGCGCAGCAGCACCCGCAGCAGCAGCCCCUGCGGCCACGUGCGCGGCCGGCGCAGCGCGCGGCGCGCCAGCAGCAGCAGCAGCAGCAGCAGCAGCAGCAGCAGCAGCAGCAGCAGCAGCAGCAACGGCGCGAGGGGGGUGCGGACGACGAUGGCGAUGCGGACUGGGAGGAAGAGCUGUUAGUCAUCCAGCAGCAGCAGCAGCAGCAGCGGCGCCGCAAGCGGCGGCGGACGGAGGAGGGGCGUUUUGUGGAGUCGUCAGAGCCAGACGCAGCGGAGCCCGCGCCCGGCGCGGCGGUGGCGCCAGGGGCCGCCGCGCCCGAGAGGGGCGGCGGGGGCGUGGGCGCAGGGGCGGGCGGGUCGCCGGCGGCGUCAGGCGGCAGCGGGGGCGGCGCGAUCUCUGCUGGAAGCAGCAGCAUCAAGGGCAACAGCGUCGCCGGCGCGACCGCCAGCGAGGGCGCCGCCGCCGUGCUGCAGCGCCUGUCCGCAGACAUCUUCGCUCGCGCCACCAACGGCGGCGCCGCCGCCGCUGGCCGUGGCGCCUGUGGCACCGGCGCCGGCGACGCCGCGCUCGCGAAGCCCACGCGCGGCGGCGUCGCCCGCAACGCUCUGUGGCAGCAGGCAAUGUGGCAGCAGAUGUGGCAGCAGCAUCAGCAGCAACAGCAGGGCAUUGUCAUCGGGGUGCCUGUUGACGAGGUGUACAUGCAUGCGCAUGCGCAAGCUGGACAGCAGCUGCACACAAACACAGGCCUGCCACAGCCGCACCCGCAGCCGCAGCCGCCGCAGCAGCAGCAGCAGCAGCAGCAGCAGCAGCAGCAGCCGCAGCAGCCGCAGCAGCAGCAGCAGCAGCCGCCGCAGCCGCCGCCGCCGCAGCAGCAGCAGCAGCCCGAGGAACAGGAGACUGCAUCCGAGGAGGGGGAGCAGCGGCAAGCAGGGCGGCGAGACGACCAAACGGAUGCACAGCAGAAGGGUGAUGAGUGGGGGCCCGAGAGCGGUCGUGUGGGAGCUCAGCCGCAGCACAGCACGUGUGAUGGCCACGGUGGUGGAGAGCUGUCGCUGGCCCCACAGCAGGAGCAGGUGCGUGACAAGCAGGAGCAGCAGCAGCAGCAGGAGCAGCAGGAGCAGCCGCAGUGCCAAGUUGGCGAGAGCAGAGAGGACCCGCUUCGGCAGCUGGCGCCCAAACCGCCGUCGCAGCAGAGAGAGCAGCAGACUACGCAGGGCGAGCCGGUUGCCAGUGAUGCCAUUGGAGGCGCAGCGGUCCCUGCGGCCCUUCCAACUCCGGGAGCCUCUGCGCCCGCAGUCGCGGGCGUGCAGGCGGCAUGA